UGCGUGGGUGGACUGCGCUGAGUAAUGACAUGUUAGAGAACAGUCAGAAUGUGACGAACGCUCUAUUUACUCUCGCCCAUAGACAACAGAUUAAGCCCGGAAUAGUUCACAAAUUGCGUUCGAAGUUUGAUACAAUAUAACUCAGAUAUAAUAGAACUCAGUUAUAUUGUAUCUAACUUGAAAACGCUCUUUAGUUUUCGUAGAGCAUAAUUUAAGUAUUUGAUCAAUGUUGAACACUAUGUACUCCAGGUGAGCGAAAAUGGAUCGGAUGACCAUGGACCGGCUGAAUUUUUUAACUGACGAUGAGCUGUUGCGGUUUUUCCGCUGUAAGAAGACGGAGAUGUCGUGUAUUGAGAAACCUCUUACUUUUCUCAACCAGCUGCGAGACAACGACCUCAUACCAGAGGACCGGUAUAAAAAAGUGAUCAGGAUGAAGAGUACACAGCUGAGGGAGAGGGGUGUGUACGAGAUACUGGAUUGGCUGGAGACUGAGAAGCCCCAUUGCAUCAAGCUCUUCUGGAGCUGUGUGUUCGAAGACCACAUCCUGCACUUGUACCCUAACAUGCGUCUGCUGAAGAACAACUUGCUAGACGCCAUGACAGAGAAGAAAGAGAUGUCAGAGGAUUUGAAGGAGAAGGAGGAGAAAAAGAAGACUGGGGGGGAAAAGUGUGAAAAAAAGAGGGUGAAGAAGAUGAGUGAGGAAGAGGACGAAGAGCCGGGUCCCUCUACCCAGUCCACGCCAAGCAAGAAGAAGAAGCCAGAGAAACCAUGUGAUGGUUCUCCCAUCAGAAAGGGGGAGAAGAAGCCCAUCUGGGAACGGCCGUUCUUCAGGACACAGCUACCUGUCACCUGCGGCGAUAAGAAGGGCAUCCUUUACAGAAACAAGCUGCCCAAGGGAGAGAAGUGUAUCCUGGCCAAGGGGUCCUGGUUUACCCCCCAGGCCUUUGAAGAUUUUGGGGGAAAGAAGAGAUCAAAAAAAUGGAAGGAGAGCAUUCGCUGCCAGAACACCCCCCUGCAGAAACUGAUCGAGGAGGGUCAUUUGAAAGCCCCGAGCAGUCCAUGCAAACAGAGAAGGAUGAUGUCAUCACGUACCAGCUCAUCUGAGGACAUGAGCUCUGAUUCAGACACAGAUUCAGACACAGAAGAAGAAGAAGAAGAAGAAGAAGAAGAAGAAGACGAAGAAGAAGACGAAGAGGAGGAGGAGGAGGAGGAAGAAAAUGAUGAGGAAGAACCAGAGAAAAGUGGCCAAGCGGCAGUUGGGAAUGGAGACAUGUCAGAAUUUCCUGGUCUUCGUUUGUCUGUCACCUGUGGAUCAGCAACCGGGACUCUACAGAAAGAUCGUUUUGCAUCAGGGACCUCUGGGAAAUGCAUACGGACGGCCAGCGGAUGGCUGACCCCCGUCGAGUUCACCAAGGAGGACCAGGCGCUCACUUCCAGCUCCUGGGAAAGAAGUAUCCUGUGCCAAGGAGAACCGCUCAGUGACCUCAUCAAGAGGAAGGUUUUGGAGUCCCACUCUCUCCAGGACGUGGAGGAGCAGAGGAACGAUGAUAACUGCUCUGUCUGUGGGAAGCGGGGGCACUUGCUCUGCUGUGACCGCUGCCCCCGUGCCUUCCACACAGAAUGCCACCUGCCCGCCGUGGAGGAGAGACUGCUGGGGGACGUGUGGCUGUGUACAUACUGUGUACUGACUCAGUUCCAGGGCAGCCGUAUCGCGCGUGAACGCUCUCUCAGACAGGCUCUAGACUGUCGCACCUCAGACUUCAUGCUGCAAUGCCACUAUCUCCUCCUGAUGCUGUACCACUCGGACGAGGGUCACAUCUUCUCCUGCGACCCCAGAGACAAGCCACGCUACAAGGAAUUCACUCAGAAGCCUAUGUGGCUGAAGAAGGUUGCAGAGAAACUGCAGGAGGGGCAGUACUCCACUGUACGCCAGUUCAAAUCUGACAUCCAACUCAUCUUUCAAAACUGUGCCACAUUCAACAGGGAAAACGAAGUUGGACCAGUGGGCGCAAGACUCAAGCAGUUAUUUGAGACUGAAUUUCAGCAGGUUUUCAGUGUGAAAAACGACUCGGAUGCAUCAUCAGGCGGUCCUCACAAUGUCUAACGAAGUGUGUUUAACAGCCCAAAUCGGUCCUCCUACUUUCAGAAAAUGCCAUAUAUCUCAGAACUUUCAGUACACAGGUGUCAAACUAAUACAUGUGCUUUUCAUAUGAAACGUUAAUAAUUGAUUUGAUCAAUAUUAACAAAUUACUUGGUAGGCAACAUAAAGCCACUUUUAGCGAUUCAUAAACUAGUGUUUUUAAAGAGCUGUUUUAAAUGUUAUGCGGUGUUUGAAUACAAAAUGAUACAUUUCGUUUUUUAAAUAAUGUAAGUUAAAAAAAAGUAUGCUUGUGAAAUUUGAAAACGGGUUUUCUAUUGCUUGAUAUCAGCCGAAUGCUUAUAGUGAAUGCAUGCUCACAAACCGUUAUUAAAUUGUUUAAAUAAA